CUCCCUUCCUCAUCCACCCAGUCAGUCACUCUUUGAGCAGCGCUCCAUACAUUCUUUAUACAUACACCCCCCAAUCAUUUAUAUACAUCAACAAACCAAAAUGAAAUCCUUCAUCACCCUCUCCCUCCUCGCUACAGCCCUAGGCGCCCCCACUUCCACCCUCCAGGCCCGUCAAUUCGACCUCUCCUCCCUAACCUCCGGCUCCGCAGCCAGCUCUUCCUCCGGCUCGAUUGGAAGUACCGGCACUGUAUCAGAAUCGACCACCGCAUCCAGCGGCCUCAGCGCUCUGGCCUCGCUGUUCCCGUCAUCAUCCACUUCCAGCACUACGGGCAGUACCAGCGGUACUAGCGACAGUAGCAGCAGCAGUGAUGGCCUAAGCAGCCUGCUGAGCAUGUUCUCCAGCAGUGGUAGCGGCUCAUCCACCGAGAACGGCGUGACCCAACACAGCGGCAGCUGCAAGGAACUCACCUUCAUUUUCGCCCGCGGCACCACCGAGAUCGGGAACAUGGGAACCGUCGUCGGUCCGGAGGUCGCUAGCGAAUUGGCCACCUUGACUGGGAAUCAGGUCACCGUGCAGGGUGUGAAUUACCCUGCUGAUUGGGAGGGCAACGCCUCCCUCGGCUCCUCGGGCGGUCCUACCAUGGCCUCAUACGUGAAGGAAGCGCUGCAGGAGUGCCCCAACACCAAGGUCGUGUUGGGUGGAUACUCGCAGGGUGCGAUGGUGGUGCAUUACGCCGCGAACGAGCUCAGCGCGGACCAGUUGUCUGGUGCGGUGUUGUUCGGUGAUCCGUUGAAGAUGGAGAGCGUGGGUAAGUUGUCGAGCAGUAAGGUCAAGGAGUUCUGUGCUACUGGGGAUCCCGUCUGUGAGAAUGGUUUCAAUGUCAUGGCGCAUUUGAGUUAUGGCAGUGAUGCUAAGGAGGCAGCGGAGUUUUUGGUCCAGGCUGCGGGGAUUUCUUCUUAGAUAAAUUUCUGGAUUUGGGGUCGGGGU